AGCAGUCGGAGUUCGGAGGAAAUUUGCCGUGAGCUCAAGUGGAGGUCCUGCUUUCACGUGUUUUGUUAUUUUGUUAUCAAAAUUGAAGUGAGAUUUUGGCGUGCAAUUCGUGUGUGAAUGACCGGGGAGAAUUCGGACGCCGUCGUCUAAUAGGAUUAUUGCGCUGCACAGGACACACACACACAUCCAAGCGAGAAGAAGAACCGACUACAAAGCAAAAGUGACAGCUCUCGUCGGACACUCCAGGAGAGAAGAUGUAAGCAUUUUCCUGCAUCGUGUGACAAGAAGGUGGAAAUCGUGCAGAAGAAAAAACUGCGAAGAAAGUCUGGUGUGCAAAAUAUACGCUAAAGUUGCCGUUAGGGUCUAGUGUAUCUAGUACACGAAAGUCUACGUUGAAAAGUAGUGUUUUAGUGAAACUAAAGAGGGGCCGAUUGCGUCGUGAGAGUGUAGUGUUGAAACGCAGUGUGGGCUCAGGGAGUUGGCCAAUAAUCAAAAUAAAUUGUGUUUUUAUUGCGGAAAAAAAGUGCCCCAUCACACAACCAAUCAGCUAGGCAGCCGUCAGGAGGGGCGAGUUACGGUAGUGAAUUAAGUGAUAGCACCCAGUUUUGGGAGUGGAAGUCAUCUUUGUGCACAGAAGCUAUUGGCUAUUGUGGCGUCUUCACUGGAAUAGUAGUGUGUACGCAAAAAGGGGAAGCUGAGGAAUCGCAAGACGCAAGGGAGCAGACCUUGGCUGAUAUUAUUCUUCAAGGCAGACGAGAUUGUGUGAUUUCCUCGUCAUCCAAAAGUCAGCAAGCAACAGCAGCAGCGCGGGGACCAGCAUUAAACUGAGGCGACUCAGGAUCAAGAAAAUAUCAAAAUUUAAAAAAUCGAAUCGGGCUUUCGAAAAGAAAGGUUGUGAAGAUGCGGCUGCCUUACCGAGUGGACACCCAGUAGAGUGAGAACUCGCAUGCGACACCGCACUAGCCACCACGGGGCGUAGCCAUCGUGAUUAAAAACUGUUUCGCAAACAGCACACCGCAGCACAAGAAGCAGCAGCACACACCAAACAACGCAGCAACAAGCACAAUGCCUCUACCAAAACGACUCAUUCAGCCCGUUUAUGUGGCCCGGUCAGUGUAUGUGCGGGAGGAACUCCCGGCCGAACUGGAAACGGUAACAAACACUACCCUCACCAACAUCGUCCGACAGCUGUCGUCGCUGUCGAAACAUGCCGAGGAUUUGUUUGGGGAGCUCACCCGGGAUGCCGGCAAUUUGGUCGAGCGAGCCAACUCGCUCCAGGCACGGAUCGAUAGACUGGCGAUUAAGGUGACCCAGUUGGACAGCACCGUGGAAGAGGUUUCGCUGCAAGAUAUCCAGUUGAAGAAAGCAUUCAAGAGUGCCACCAUGUUUGAUCAGCAGAUUUUCUCCCGGGCAACUAUGCCAACCGCUAUGCUGGAAGUUUACCAGGCUUGUGAUAAACCACCACCGCUGGACAAACUGAAUUGCUACCGGGACGAUGGCAAAGAUGGUCUCAAGUUCUACACCGAUCCAAACUACUUCUUCGAGCUCUGGCGACAGGAGAUGUUGAAGGACACGGAACGAGUGAUGCACGAUCGUGGUAAGAAAGUACACAAACCGCGUGGUGCUGACGGUGGUGCCGAGGGUGGUCGUCAGAAGAAGCGACCACGAGCGCCACACAAUACCCGCGAGAAGCAACGUCAGCGGGCGAUUGGUCACGGUGAAACACUUAUGCCAAACAAUGUGAUUUACCGAACACCAAGCGCGAUCGCGGCGGCUAACGAGGAGGCGAUCUACAACAGCACCAUGGGUAGCAACAUAAUAUAUGAUUCAAGACAAACCGGGCCAGCGAGGCCCAAUUCCAUCGAGCUGCGAAGAAGUUACCAACCGGAAACCGUCGAUGGUGGUGGUUACGGUCCACCCUCGCCACAUUAUCAGCAGCAGCACCAGCAAAUGGCACAACAGAACAACUACCAACAGCAGCAACCGAUUUACGACGAAUACAAUAGCCAACCGAUUUAUGGUUCCAACAAUACGAGCCAAAUGUCCCAGGAAAGCCUUUAUGCACCGGGCACUCCAUCCCGAUCGAAAUCCCGACCAUCGCAGCCUCCUCCAGCGCCUCCUUCCACCGGAAGCGGCGGAGGAACGCCCAAUGUAUCGAACGCUAACACUCCCACUCGUGGCCGAAGUAUGUCAACAGGUCGGGACAAUCUUCCUCCUCCGCCACCAAUUCCCGAGGGUCUCCAAUCGCCCCCAAAUAUUCCCAACGGAGGAGCCAACGUUGCCGCCAAGCUCCUUAACCGAAACAACUCGAGGGCGGGCUCUCCGCUGCUCGGAACCAACGGACAGCCAACGCAACCGCAGCUACCGCCUGUGGGUGGUAUCGGUGGUGGUCCACCACAACCGCAAGCUAUCAUAGAUCAAAAUCAAAUCGCACUGGCACAGCUCAACCAGCAGAUUAACAAUCUAAACAAUCUCAACAUUCAGCUGAAUCAGAUGUCGAUGAAUGAUUUGCCGCCGCCACCACCAAUUCCGGAACAGCUCUCACCGAAACAGUCGCCACCAAAUGUGGCCCCACCACCACCGCCUCCGCCGCCACCACUGCUAGAUGGAUCCCUGAGUCCCUCCAAGCCACCGAUGGCGAACGGAGACAUCGUCAGUGGUGGCGGUAUGCCCAACGGAACACUCAUCAUGGGCCAAAUGCACCAGCUGAAGAAAAUUCCUCCCAAGGAGAAGAUCGCUUACGAGGAUCCCCGUUCCGACCUGAUGAAAGCCAUCCGGGACGGAAUCAAACUGCGCAAAGUGGAGCAGCGAAACGACGCCAAGGACAACGAUCGCACCAUCGAGCGAUUGCACGAUGUGGCCUCAAUUCUGGCCCGUCGCGUUGCGAUUGAGCUGAGCGAGUCCUCGGACUCAGAAAGUGACGACGAUAGCGAGGGCUGGAUGGAGAACGAAACGUCCGCAUGACAGCACGAGAAUGCGGGGACCGCGGCGGGGGGCGCCGUUAUUGCCGGCGGCGGCAGUAAAAAGAAGUAAUCAGGAGGAAAACAGUGAUAGUGCUCUCUGCUUGUUUUCUGUGCAAAAAGAAAGACAACGGGACGGCCGGGGCUCAGCAGAAAUGAAUUAUAGAGGGAAUGGGCGCGAACACGAAAUAGAUAUGGCAGAAACGAUAAACAAACACUCCGGGGCUGAGAAAUUGGUUUAUCUCCCGUGUUUCCUGUUGGCUUAUCCCUUUUUGGAGCAGGGAACGACGAGAAAUGCUACCUGUUUGUCACUCGGAGUGAAUCAAAUUGAUUAGUGGAGGGAUGGAAGAUGACUUCCGAACGACAUAGGAACAUUGUGCCGAGUGUAAAUGAAAAUUUGCUGAUUGGGAAAGUUUUUUCUUCGCUUUUCUUUCUCACAUUACGUCGUGCAGAAGGAUUGUAAGGGAAUUUUCGUUUUUGAAAGUGAUUAUUGAGUUCUAGCUGUUUGCGAGAAGGAUUGCAAUAAGGUAGAGAGGAAAAAGAGUGAUAUCGGAAGAAAAGAUGUGUAUUUUUAUUGUAAUUACUAAAUUAUUUAUUAUCAUAAACAUAGAAAGGGAAAGUUUAGUUUUUAUUUUCUCUCAAUUAUUGUAUAUUGUUUCUUGAAGCAUUUGCCUGCUGAAAGAAGGGGGAAAAAGAAAAGCAGCAAUCCAAAAAAAGCAAAGAGAAGAAAAAUCAAAAUCCACACAUUCUGAUAAUAUUGAAAUGAAUAGAUAUUAAAUCAAAUAUUUAGCAUUCAUCCAGCAGAACGUUUAUUGUAGUGAAUGUAAAGAAAACAUCGAAACAAAUUAUUGUUUCGUAGAAGAUUGCCACCAAGAUUAGUACGGAAUAUGAUUUUCUUUAACUUUGGUGAGCUGAAUUCUUUCUUAUUUCCAAUUUCCAUGCCAUUUGAUUGCAAUCAUCAUCCCAGCAAGCAAUAUUCCGUACUGAAAUGCAUGAUAUGUAUAAACACCACAAAGAUUCAGGAUAAAACCAACCCAUAGUUUAGCGGAGAUAGAGAUAAGUAAUACAAUUAAUAAUUAAAAAAGUGGUCAAAGACUCGUAUGAAAAUGAUAUUUUGCAAAGUGAAUAAUCUAAGCAGAAUACAAAAAAAACCCAUUCGAAAUGGAUGUUAGAGCUCAAAUUUCGGCAAACACUUGCUAUUUAUUGUAGAGGAAUUUAGAAAGACAGAGAACGAAAAAUCUCGUGCUAGAUCAAACGAUUUCCGUUCUGCACUUAUUCCAAUGCAAGUUUUCGGCACCAAUCAAUCGCUCCCUCUCUAUUCCAGUUGCUUUCCUCAACCGAGACGAACUCAUCCUGCGAUUAAUUACUUGUGCUUUAACUUAUGUUCACUGCUUCGCUUUUUGUCUCAGCUCAAAAUUACUGAAUGGACGCUUUUGUUGUUGCUUUAGGCGUGAAAAAUAAGCAAGAAAUUGCUACACUAUAUACAUUUUGUGUAAAAGAUUUACCCAAAAACUAGUAUCUCUUGUCCAAAAAUUUAACAAAAAAAAUUUGUACUGCCCACUCUAAAUUUUAUGUCGAAGAUUCUAUCAUUUAAACUAUCAAUUGCACUCCAAACAAUAGCUAAACGGAUAUCGGAAUAAUUUGCGGUGAAACAACACAAUAAGAGCUAUUGAACAGAUCAAACGAAAAGUUACUUCAAACCACUAUUAGACACCUGUGCAAAAAUGUAAUCAAAGGAAAUCCACAUUUAAAAUUUAUGCUACUCAUAGAUAGCCACUAACAAACAAGCAAACAAAAACUUUCUUCCAAACAGCAUAAACUAAUCGUCUCAAUCUGCUAAAUAACUAAACAAAUAAAUAGAAACUCAACAGUCAAACUUCUUCGACGGAAGUGCAGCGAAUAACGGAAGCAUAACACACACACACACACACACACACACUUAUACUAGCAAGACAAACAAA